AUGGAGGCCGGGUCUGUCCCGCGGUUUGCCAGCUUCAAGCAGCCGCCGCCAGCUCCGCCGGAGCUCCAACGCGCGUCAGAUCGCGAGGGCGCGACCUCCGAACGAGACCACGAGGACCAUCGCCACCCGAAACGUCGUCGCCGUGACGGUGAGGAUCAGGGGAAGGGGUAUCGGGGGCAUAGAAAAGAGCCUCAGCGAUCAAGGGACCAUCGUUCACAUCGAUCGGAGCAUCGCACCCGCUCUCCCCACAGCAAGCGCCGUCGGUCUAACGAACGUUCUGCGGUGAGCUCGGAAAAGCGCCGUGAGCAUGAGAAAGUCCGCUCCUCGAACACUAUUGAACGAUCCCGUGCUAGGUCUCCCGACGAGACGAACGAUAUUUAUGUCAUCGACCGCAAGGGCGAUCGGGACAUCAUCACCUACGGCACAAUUCACAGAUAUAGCAUACCUGAAUAUCUCCGGACUGGUGCAGGAUUUGUCAUCGGUAUUCCAUCCUCAUACCGCAUUGAUCGUGACUUGACCACUCUCGACAAAGUGGUUUUGAAGCCUUCAGCAGAGUUUGCGAGGGCCGUCGGCUCAACCAAAUCUUUAUUAAAGUCUCGCAUUCGGACCACAGACCACGUCCGCAUACGGCCGAACUCUCUUUCCUGUCCUGCAGAAAACCUAGCAAAAGACUACCUUCCAUUCAAGACCAGGCGUCCCAAACACACAGCAGGCGAAAUCCACUCUGAUGAUGAGCGGCAUGCCUACCGAUCCAUCCUGGGCAAAGCGAAGCCUGAAGACAUACUUUCCAGCGAUGAAGAGAUCGUGUUGGGUUCGGAAUCUGAAGGCGAUGAGACUGCUCGGUCUGACCCGGACACUGAGAUCCGACUUCACAAUGCGAAGCUUUCUCGGGCUGUGGAGAAUGACCCUCACGACGUCAGCUUGUGGCUUCAGUUCAUCGACUAUCAAGACCUUCUUAUCCGUGGUUCGCGAGCGGAAAAUCAAUCCUUAACCUACGCCGAGCGGCAGGGCUUGGCCGAUAUCAAGCUUAGCCUUUACGACAAAGCUCUGAAAAAAGCCGGCAAGUCUCCUCUUACAGUUCGCUUGUUACUCGGACGAUUGGAGGAAGGAGGGAAGAUCUGGGAUACCAAAACACUCGCGGCACAAUGGGAAGCCGCUCUCAAGGCACACCCUGGGUUCAUCAGUCUCUGGGUCAAAUACCUCGACUUUCGCCAGACUGAAUCUGUUAAUUUCACGUAUUCCAGAUCUGUGAAUACUUUCGUCGAAUGCCUGAAACUCAAUGCAUCCAACGCAGCCGGGGCUCAGAGAAAUCAGAUUCAAAGCUACCUCUUUCUGCGUUUAACACUCCUUAUUCGAGAAGCGGGUUUCCUGGAACUGGCUGUGGCUCUCUGGCAGGCUAUUCUCGAAUUUACUUGCUUCCGGCCGAAGUCUCUCAUACAAGGCCAUCGCGAAAAGGCUCUUAUACUGUUCCAGGAAUUCUGGGAAUCUGAACGGCCUCGCAUUGGAGAAAAAGGUGCGCGAGGCUGGAAGCAUGGAAACGGGCCGGAGGUUGAACCUGGCACGCGGGAUUACCAACACAAAAUGGAGACCCGGCGGAUGUUCUCUUCUUGGGCAGAGACUGAGCGGGAGCGGAUCCACAAUGGUCAAAUGCCUGCUCGAUGUUUGGACGCAGGGGACGAGGAUGAUCUCAGCCGAGUGGUUCUUUUCGACGACCUGCAGGAGAUUCUGUCAUUGUUCUGGGACGUAGAAUCCGUGGAUGAGCUGAUCGAUGGCUUUUUGUACUUCUGUCACUUGCCCCAUCUGGCAGUUGCUGAGAAUUCACAGACGACUCGUCUGUGGAGUGGGGACAAUUUCCUGCGCAACGAAUUCUUGGACAACCCUCUCUAUCACCUCGAGCAGUGGGUCACUCGCGUAGAAAACGAUGCAUCUACGCCCUCGAUGUCACCAUUCUUGUUUCGACAUCACAGCUUUCUCCACACCACUAGCACUUACUUUGCAGACCCCGGUUCGUGGUUUGCUUCAUUUGAAGCAUGGAAGAUGGCCAGCUCAACCCCUUCAUCUGUCAUCAACUCGGAUUGGGUGCGCCUGUCCCUCAGGUCUCUGGUGGAGGCCAAUCCUAAGGACGAUGAGUUAGCCGAGUACUCUUUGGCAGUCGAAUUUGCGUGCGACCUAAAUGUGGCGAAAAGAUACGCAAAACAGCUCUUGAAAAAGAGAUCAUCGAACAUGCGACUUUACAACUGUUUCGCGCUGAUGCAGCAUCGUUCUGGUAGUCUUUCGGUUGCUGAACAUGUGUGGUCCACAACCUUAUCAAUGACAUCGAGCUUUGACGAACGAGACCGAAUCGAUUGCGGCCUUCUUUGGAAUACGUGGAUUUGGGAGUGCAUGCAGAGCGAAGACAUCUCCCGUGUACGAACGCUUCUACACGCCAUGCCGCAUAACAGCAUUGAUUUGAAGAAACUUGAUGCAGAUGAAUGUCCACAACAAUUCAUUGCAACUAACCUCCUGCGGAUCCAGAAUUAUCUGUCCAACGCACAGGAAACCGCGAUUGGGUACAGGAAACCCCAAGUCUUCGCCGCUUACAGCGACUGUCUCGCGAUCCUGGUCUACUUCGCAGAUGUAUUAGCCUUCGAAAAGUCACUCAAGGUUUACAGUUCUGCUGUCACCCGUCUCGCGGCCUUACCUCUGCAGGAAGAAAGUGUCAAGGCUUUCACAGCCGAAUUACUGCACCAGGCGCGAGCCAAAUUCAUCCAUUACCACAUCAAACGACAUGGCACGUUCGUCCCCGAACAAAUUCGCAUCUUACUUGAAGAGAGCGUGUCUCUGUUCCCCAGAAACACCAUGUUCUUAUCACUUCUGGCCUGGCACAAGUCUCGGUUCCACAUAUAUGAUCGUAUGCGAAACAUUCGAGAGCCUAGUGGAGGAAAUCUCAACACCGCAUUCGACAGUCUUGAGACUUUUGCAAUUUCGCCCGUCGCUUCACAGAGCACUCCAGUCUCAAACCACCUAUUUGCCAUAUAUCACGAGCUGAGCCGCCCGGUAGUGGGAGGCUCCACGGUCCACUCUGUGCGUGCUGCAUUCGAGAGAGCAAUCGGUGACCAAUCUCCACCCGGGGAUCCGACAGCCCGCCACAGUGCAGAUGCCAGCACGGCCCGGUCGAACUUGAGCUUGUGGAAACUUUAUGUUCUCUUCGAGCUCUACGCCAACAAGGAUGCUCGCCGUGCCAAGCAGGUGUUCUAUCGCGGUUUGCGCUCUUGUCCGUGGUCCAAAGAGCUCAUCAUGCUUGCCUUUGAACAUCUGCGAGCGGAUAUCUUGGAAGGUGAUUCCCCGACUGGAAAUAACCAAGACGGAAUGGGUUUCUAUGAGCUUUGUGAUCUGUACAAUGCUCUUGAUGAACGGGAACUCCGCAUUCACGUCGACAUAGGGGCCCAGCUCGAGAACAUGCUCUACGAGCUCAAGCGAAAAGACCAGGGCGCCGUUGCUAACUCAGCUUUGGUGGCUCCGGUCGAUCUACCAGAUGACCCGGGGAGUGGUGAUGAGAAGGUAUAA